AUCGCAAUCACGAAGGUUACGGAGGUUCAUCGGAAAAGGUACGUCGGCGACUCCGACAUGGUCGACUUCAAUAAAGCUUAGAAAUAUGGGUACCAUCAUGAUGAGGGAAAUCUUAGGAGCGUCACAGUGUCGACAAAAUCGAAUUCGGACGUCGGAUGAGGGAGAACCGAGUCUCCCAAGUUUGCGGAAGAAUAUGUCAACGAUCAGAACUAAAUGGAAGCAAGUCAUGGAAUUAUUAGAGCGG